AUGUUACGAGAGGCGCUCGAAAAAGCAACCAGAGAAAAAGACAGGACGAGCCUCGAAAGGGUAAUAGAAGGCGCAGAACGUGCAGCAUUCCCAGAAUUGAGUUGGCGUCUUCGAAAUGCCAGAGACACUUUAGAGCGUCUCGGAGGCGGUCGUGGAGAAGAUGAAUUGGUCAGCCCUGAUAGUAUUCGCGACAAACUGAAGAAAGCCAUCACCUCAAAAGAUGUAAGUGAUCUGCAAACUGUGAUAGAAGAGGCAGAAAAGGCAUCCCUUCCAGAAGUGAGUUCUGAUUUGCGCAGAGCCAGAGACACACUGGAAAGUCUGGGAGGCGGACGCGGAGGAACUAAAACUGUCGCUAGUCUGCGUGAUAAACUGGAUGAAGCAAUGAAAGGAAAAGACAGAAUUGUGUUGGAGAAAGUGAUCAGCGAAUGCAUCUCAGCUGGAAUGCCAGAACUGGCGGUUGAUAUCCAGAAGGCUCGUAGUGUCGCAGACAUUCUUCGGGGUGGCACUGGAGAUGUGAAAUCUGCAGACACUUUGCGUGACCAACUGACAAUGGCUAUCAGACAAAAGGACAUUAAGGCUUUGGAUAAAGCCAUUGGAGAAGCUGAAGUUGCCAGAUACCCGGAAUUAGCCUCUGACCUUCGUAAAGCCCGAGAUUCUUUACAGAAACUCGGUGGCGGUCAAGGAGGUACGUUAUCACCGGCAGCUUUAAAAGACAAAUUGUCUACAACCAUGAGAGGAGGCGAUAAGGACAUUUUAGACAAUGUAAUUAGUGAAUGUGUAGCUGCAGGAAUCCCAGAACUAGACAGUGUCAUCGAAGAAGCCAGACGUAUGCUCCUUGCUAGGGAAUACGCCGGUGCACAAGAUAUCAUUAACGCCAAUCCCAUAUUAUCUAUCUAUCUAUCUAUCUAUCUAUCUAUCUAUCUAUCUAUCUAUCUAUCUAUUAUGCAAAUUCCCACAAAAUCCGUCCGGGCAUUACGGGAUCAACUUGAGAAAGCGACCGAAGCAAAAGAUAGAGACAGUCUGGAAAGAACGAUCGAAGGUGCUGAGCAGGCUGCAUUGCCAGAACUGAGCUCAGUGCUACGGAAAGCAAGACAGGCCCUUCAAAGCUUAGGAGGUGGUCUUGGAGAUGUGAAAUCUGCAGACACUUUGCGUGACCAAUUGACCAUGGCUAUCAGACAAAAAGACAUCAAAGCUUUGGAUAAAGCCAUUGCAGAAGCCGAGGUGGCCAGAUACCCAGAGAUAGCCGCAGAUAUUCGUAAAGCACGCGAUUCUCUGCAGAACCUUGGGGGAGGUCGAGGAGAAAAGCCAACGAAAUCCGUACGGGCGUUACGAGAUCAACUUGAGAAAGCGACCGAAGCAAAAGAUAGAGACAGUCUGGAAAGAACGAUCGAAGGUGCUGAGCAGGCUGCAUUGCCAGAACUGAGCUCAGUGCUACGGAAAGCCAGAGAGGCCCUUCAAAGUUUAGGAGGCGGUCUUGGAGCAGUAUUUAAUUCUUUCUUGUUGUUGCAUUUGCUAGAAACUUUCUGGGUUAGUCCUGACAAUAUCCGCGACAAACUAAAGAAAGCAAUCUCCUCAAAAGACGUAAGUGUUCUGCAAAGUGUAAUAGAAGAGGCCGAAAAAGCAGCUCUUCCAGAAGUGAGUUCCGAUUUACGCAAAGCCAGAGACACACUGGAAAGUCUGGGAGGAGGACGUGGAGGAAUUAAAUCUAUUGCGAGUCUGCGUGAUAAACUGGAUGAAGCAAUGAAAGGUAAAGACAGAAUUGUGUUGGAGAAAGUGAUCAGCGAAUGUGUAUCAGCCGGAAUGCCAGAAUUGGCGACAGAUAUCCAGAAGGCUCGAAGUCUAGCUGAUAUUCUGCGUGGUGGCACUGGAGAUGUGAAAUCUGCAGACACUUUGCGUGACCAACUGACCAUGGCUAUCAGACAAAAGGACAUUAAAGCUUUGGAUAAAGCCAUUGCAGAAGCUGAGGUGGCCAGAUACCCAGAGAUAGCCGCCGAUAUUCGUAAAGCCCGAGGUUCGCUACAGAACCUCGGAGGCGGCCGAGGAGUGGACCAAAUCUAUCUAUCUAUCUAUCAUAUUAUUAACAUUAACAUUAUAACAACAUUUCACUCUAUUUUUCCUGAUAAUAUCCGCGAAAAACUGAAGAAAGCAAUUGCCUCAAAAGAUGUAAGAGGUCUGAAAAGUGUAAUAGCAGAGGUUGAAAAAGCAGCACUUCCAGAAGUGAGUUCCGAUUUACGGAAAGCCAGAGACACACUGGAAAGUCUGGGAGGCGGACGUGGAGGAAUUAAAACUGUUGCGGCUCUGCGUGAUAAACUGGAUGAAGCAAUGAAAGGUAAAGACAAAAUCGUUUUAGAGAAGGUAAUCACCGAAUGUGUAUCAGCUGGGAUGCCAGAGCUGGCGACUGAUAUCCAGAAGGCUCGAAGUGUAGCUGAUAUUCUUCGUGGUGGCACUGGAGAUGUGAAAUCUGCAGACACUUUGCGUGACCAACUGACCAUGGCUAUUAGAGAAAAGGACAUUAAGGCUUUGGAUAAAGCCAUUGCAGAAGCUGAGGUGCUCAGAUAUCCGGAGAUUGCCGCAGAUAUUCGUAAAGCCCGAGAUGUGCUACAAAACCUCGGUGGCGGCCGAGGAGCAGUCUAUCUAUCUAUCUAUCUAUCUAUCUAUCUAUCUAUUUAUCUAUCUAUCUAUCUAUCUAUCUGUCUGAUCUGCUUAUCUAUCUAUCUAUCUAUCUAUCUAUCUAUCUAUCUAUCUAUCUAUCUAUCUAUCUGUCUGAGUCUGCUCAUGUAUCUAUCUAUCUAUCUAUCUAUCUAUCUAUCUAUCUAUCUAUCUAUCUAUCUGUCUGUCUGUCUGCCUGAGUCUGCUCAUGUAUCUAUCAUCUAUCUAUCUAUCUAUCUAUCUAUCUAUCUAUUUUUAACUCAAAGAAGACUUCUUCCAACAAAAUCUGUACGGGCGAUACGCGAUGAUCUUGAGAAGGCGACCAAAUCAAAAGAUAGAGAAAGUCUGGAAAGAAUGAUCGAAGGUGCUGAGCAAGCUGCAUUGCCAGAACUGAGCUCAGUGCUGCUAAAAGCAAGACAGGCCCUUCAAAGCUUAGGAGGCGGUCUUGGAGGAACGGCAAGACCGGAGAGUUUGAAAGAAAAACUCAAUGAAGCCAUGAAAAAACAAGACAAAGUUCUACUGGGGAAAGUAAUCACUGAAUGUGUAUCAGCUGGGAUGCCAGAAUUAGACACUGACAUCGAAAAGGCUCGAAGGGAGUUAGACAUUCUACGCGGUGGAAAAGGAGAUGUGAAAUCUGCAGACACUUUGCGUGACCAGUUGACCAUGGCUAUCAGACAAAAGGACAUUAAGGCUUUGGAUAAAGCCAUUGGAGAAGCUGAAGUUGCCAGAUACCCGGAAUUAGCCUCUGACCUUCGUAAAGCCAGAGAUUCUUUACAGAAACUCGGUGGCGGUCAAGGAGGUACAUUAUCUACGGACGCUUUACAACAGAAAUUGACUACAGCCAUGAAGGAAGAAGAUAAGGAUGUUUUAGAGAAUGUGAUUAGUGAAUGUGUAGCUGCAGGGAUCCCAGAAUUAGACAGUGUCAUCAAAGAAGCCAGACGCACUCUUAUUGCUCGUGAAUACCGCGGUGCACAAGCGGGCGUCAUUGUUAUAAUUAACCUUAUAUUCUAUCUAUCUAUCUAUCUAUCUAUCUAUCUAUCUAUCUAUCUAUCAUAA